CACACACGCGCACACACACGCACACCUGACCCACCGGGCCUCACACGGGACAGUGUGCCAGGGCCCAGACCGGAACCAGGCUUGGGAACCCUCACCGUGGACCCCAGCCUGGUCCCCACCCCCUCCCACACCCAUCGGCUGCUCAGCAGCCCAUCCACACGCCGACCACACUGACCAGCCCUUCUUCUCCCCAGGACACUGGGUCCCCUCCCCACACACACCAAAACCCCCACCCCCGGCUGGCCUGACACUCGCACCCACUCGUUCGCUAGGGUCACUCCCUGCCACCCUCUCGACCCUUCCCUGGGCUCUGCUCACCCUCCCACCCUCUGGGCCGGGUCCCCAGGAGAACGGGUGUGGCGGUCAGGCUGCCUUCCCCCCAGACAGCCCCAGCACAGCGCGGAGCAGAGAGGGAGCGCGUCCCCACGGGCCGGGCCCAGGCGGGAGGAUGGGGGCACCGAGGCCGGUGCCCUGCGGCUACGGAGGGCCGCGACCGUCACCCCGGGAACCACUCCUAUGGGCAGGCAUGGCACUGACCGCUCCCUUCCUGUCCAGAGCUGCUCCUGGACGACAGCUGUGCGGAGGACCAGGACGGGGAGCUGGAUGGGCUGUGGACCACCAUCUCUAUCUUCAUCACGCUCUUCCUGCUCAGCGUGUGCUACAGCGCCACUGUCACCCUCUUCAAGGUGAAGUGGAUCUUCUCCUCGGUGGUGGAGCUGAAGCACACGAUCGCGCCCGACUACAGGAACAUGAUCGGGCAGGGGGCCUAGGGCCAGCCGUCCUGGGCGGGUGUCAGCGCUGCCCCAGACCCUGCGCAGGAUCCCGGUGCAUCAGCCUGCUGCCAGGCCUGCUCUCCCGCCCUCUGACCUCGCCACCCUCUGACCUCACAGCCACCCUGGGCCUGCGCCCUCGCCCUCUGGCCUCGCGGCCCCUGAGAGCUGCAUCCUGCGCCCUGAACCCCCAUUUGGAGAAUCGCGUGGACGGCAGGUUGUGCCCCAACCUGAGCUGGUGGAAGCCCGCUGGCCGCUCCACGGCGGCCGCCAGGCUACUGCUGUGGCCGCGCACGGUCAGCGGGCACGCUCAUCCUGGAGGAGGCGGGCGGCUGGCGAUCCCAGUGUCUGUCUGGCAGGGACCGGCCUCUGUGCGAACCCCAUCCAGGCCAGGCUCCAAGACUCAGGGUUUCCCCAGAGCAGCCACGUCGGCCCAGAUCCUGAGGAAGCUUCCGACGUGUCACUAACGGUCAGUCAGAUCUUCUGCUCCAGAGGAGACUGUGCAGACAAGGGCCUGGGCCUGUGGCUGCUGCAGGAGCCCCGUGGAUGCCGGGGACAGAGUGACAUCCAGCCAGACAGGCCUCCUGCAGAGGGGUCUGGUGACCUGGUCCCCGGGCCAGUGGGACACAGCCUCGGUGGACACAGGUGGCAGGUGGCAGGAGGCCAGGGCGGCAGGCCCAGCCCGCCCCACCCUGUGGCCGGGGCCUGAGUCCCAACAGGCUCACGCGGGGGGUGGGAGAGAGAGAUAAGCCCACGGCCGGGCGGACCCCCAGGACUGGCUCUCCGCCCUGUCUUUGGGUGGGUGCCAAGUCGGGGCCCCCACAUGGGAAGAGAUGGCCACGCAGGGGAGGAGAAGCAGAGCCCCCAGCCCCAGGGACAGACGCCCGGGGCUCCCACACAUGGGAAAGCCACUGCUGAAGCUUGGCUAGCUUGUUUUAUUCUUUUUAAAUGUCUGGAGCUCCUUGAUUUCCAUUUGCAUUUCUUUC